AUGUCAGGUACACAGACGCAAUUCGUCAAUAUCCACAAUCCAAAAGACAUGAAAUCGUCGUCUAUCCAGCUAUCCGUGCGAUCGCAUGUUGCUCGCUACCAAUGGCAGAAGCACAAGAAACAGGCUCGUAGGAAGAAUGUCCGACAACAGUUCCUACCUGUGAAAAUAGAGCUGUAUCUGCCGGCUUCACAUGAAGAGAAUGAUGAUGAUGAUGAUGGCAACGUGAUACCUCGGCUGGUGGGAGGCUAUCGUGUUGAUCCGUUCCACUCGUACCCCGUAUGGCGACCAUUUUUUCCGCUUCUUGUUGACCACUGUAUGACCAUGGCAUAUAUUUCCCCUUACUGGUGGCGUUGGCAAUCGCUGAUUACUGUAGAUAUCGUUAGCAUGGCCGUUGACAUCCCCGAGCUCGAUGAACCCGCGCAACCAGGACUGCUUCGCUCAAGAUGGUUUCCGUUGGCAAUUAGUGACCGCGCCUUGUUUCUCGUAAUAAUCCUACUUGCAGCCUCCCACUACGUGUCGUGCUACAAACGCAACGACUUGAAGCUGGAUCUCCUGCAGUUACGAUACGAAGCAAUCCGGUCGAUCAACCAGGCCCUCCAAGUAGAAACUAAUAACUACAGCAAAAAUGACAAAGCGCUCAACGACGCUAUCAUAGGCGCCGUGGCAAAAAUGGCCAGCUAUGAAGCUAUGUUCGGCACGUUAGACGGCUAUAAUACACACAUGCAUGGGCUGCUGCAAAUGGUGGCGCUGCGGGGAGGCCUCUCAUCGCUCGGUCUGAAUGGCCUACUGCGGCGGAUUGUGAUCUGGAUUGAUCGCAAUGCAGCGUUCUUGCAUGGAUUGCGCGAGCUCUACUUCCCACACGAUGAGUUGUCAGGCCCUAAUCCGGCUCGCUUUCUGGGCGAGUCAAUGGCACUCUCAGGAAAAGUCGCUCUCGUCACCGGCGGUGUCAAAAACCUCGGCGCUGAUAUCGCCCGGGAGCUGGCCAGCGUGGGUGCCAACCUCGCUCUUCACUACAACUCCAACAGCUCGAAAGCUGAAGCCACCAAGCUCGAGGCCGAGCUCAAACAAAAGUAUCCUUCGUUGCAAGUCAAAUUCUAUCAGGGUGAUCUCACCACCGCCGAUGCCGUCACUCACCUCUUCAAAGCGGUAGUAGCCGACUUUCAGAAGGUGGACAUUGUUGUCAACACCAUUGGCAAGGUGCUGAAGAAGCCAAUUACGGAGAUUACUGAGGCCGAAUACGAUUCCAUGUUUGCUAUCAAUUCCAAGGCCGCAUUCUUCAUUCUGAAGGAAGCCGCCGCUCACGUUCCAGAUGGCGGAAAGAUCAUUACUAUCGUCACUGCUCUCCUUGCUGCCUUCACGGGAUUCUAUACAUCGUACGCCGGCAGCAAAGCCCCAGUGGAGCACUUUACCCGGGGUGUAAGUAAGGAACUUCAGCAACGCCGAAUCAGCGUGAAUGCCGUCGCGCCGGGACCAAUGGAUACUCCAUUCUUCUACCCACAGGAAUCUCCCGAAGCCGUCGAGUUCCACAAGGCUAAUGGCAUGGGCAACCGUCUUACCGAGACGGCGGAUAUUGCGCCGUUGGUGCGCUUCCUGGUCACGGAGGGAGCAUGGAUUACGGGACAGACGAUUUUCGCGAAUGGUGGCUACACUACUCGAUAG